AUGAAGUUCUCAUUUUCUCUUCUUACCCUCUUUUCGGGCAACAUCCUUGUCAAUGCCUUUCCUGCUCUUGACCCGAGUCACCUUGAAGGCCUUACACCAGAAAAGCUAGAUGCAGCUAUUCGAUCGGUCAAUGAGUUGAAGCAAUCCAAGAGGUUCCUUGUAGACGUCAACAAACCCAUCGAUAUCACCGGUAAACACGCUUUCCAGGCUCCCAAGGGUAAAGACCAGCGUGGACCUUGCCCUGGACUCAAUGCUUUGGCCAACCAUGGAUACAUUUCCCGCGAUGGUGUUACCAGCUUUGUAGAGGUUGUUGCUGCCAUCAAUCAAGUGAUGGGCAUGGGGACAGAGCUCGCACUCGUACUCGGUAUUAUGGGUACAGUCUGGACAGGAAAUCCACUUUCAUUAGAUCCGGGCUUCUCCAUUGGAGGCCCAGCUAUCGGCCCAGACAACAUCCUAGGGAAUCUUCUUGGCCUUCUUGGUGAUCCCCGGGGACUUCAAGGUUCGCACAACUGGAUCGAGUCCGACUCAUCCCUCACGCGCGAUGACCUUUACGUUACGGGUGAUGCAUGGACAAUGAAUAUGACUCUAUUCCGCGAUAUCCAUGAUCGCGCCGACGAAAAUGGUGUCAUCUCUAUGGAUUUGCUGGCCGACCAGGCUGCCCGCCGCUGGGAGUACAGCGUCGCACACAAUCCAAACUUCUACUAUGGACCUGUUACCGGAAUGGUUAGCCGCAACGCCGGUUAUUUUUUCCUUGGCCGACUGCUAUCAAACCACACGGCCGAGCACCCCGAUGGUAUUCUCACUCAAGAGGUCUUCCGUAAAUUCUUUGGCGUCUACGAGGGAGAUAAUGGAACGUUUGAGUACCGCAAAGGCCACGAAACCAUCCCUGAAAACUGGUACCGUAAGCCGAUAGAGUAUGGCCUUGUUCCUCUCAAUCUCGACAUUGUAAGCUGGGUCAUGAAGCACCCAGUCCUUGGCAGCAUCGGCGGCAACACAGGCACUGUAAACUCGUUCACUGGUGUCGAUCUCGGUAACGUUACGGGUGGCGUAAUAAACGUGACUUCCUUGCUCGAAAACAACAACCUCCUCUGUUUCGUGUUUGAGGUGCUCAAGACAUUCUUGCCCAACUCGCUCUCUGGCUUACUGGCCACGCUUGAGGUCCCGAUCAAAUUGCUGGUGGCCUACCACAUUCAAGUGUCAAAAAUGAGUAACAGCAUUGAUACGCGCAAGAUCAAGUCGACUUUAACAUACCAUGAUGCCGUCGCCAAAGGGGAACGUCUACUCAGUCUCACUGUCGCGGAUGUCGCCAGCGGCCCGUCCCAAAGCCAAUUUCAAGACUGUAGAGAUCUGGAAGAAUGGGGCUGGGGUACGUUUACUCUUGCUUCCACCGGAUCCUACCCCAGUGGCGAUCUAAUCCAGGCCUUGAGCACAAAUCCAAAAUCCUUUCCUCCCAAUAUCCUCACAGUAGGUAAGCUUACGCUGCAUGAGGACACCGUUACAGUGGAUGACAAGACCUAUCCAGCUACAAUGGGGCAGAUCCAGAGCGUGUUCAACGCAAAAGCCGGCAUUCUGCUAGCGGAAUGCAAUACGACACCAAUGGCGAUGAUGAACCCAUGUAGGAAUAUAGAUCCAGAGACGCUGGUAGCCGGUCUGCCGAAGCUACGGUAUUGGUCCGAUGUCGCAUUUCUGCAAUGGAAGUCACUGGCGCCACCUACCGAGCAAGCUCAAAUACCAGAGCUGAAGAUUGUAGUGAGAUACGCGAUCCUCAACCUCGAUACUCGGGCAGUGUGCAAUACUAUUCUUGCUUCUCUUCGCAGACGGCGACAAGAGAAAGCGAAGCCCGGGGUUUCGUAUGAUAACUGGUUUCCGAGAUGGCCAGGAACAAGCUUCCCAAUAGCCUCUGAAGAGGCCAAAGCCUUGUGUGGGACUCCAAAUGGAACCGGUGUGCUGUGGCUGCUUGCUCAACACAAGGUAGGAUUGGGUUGCAAGACUGUCGAUAAGGUGAAGAUGUUUUAUCGAGAUGAAAAUGCCAUAGGACUGAGUGGAGUGCCAACAUUAAUCUUCUACCUCAAAGAUGUUGCAGAAAGUCUUGAUAUAGAAAGGGUAAAGAGUGUGGUCGCAAAUGAUGGUUUGGAAAGUUAG